GAGGGUCAGCUGAUGGAGAGUCAGCUGGCGAGCAGCCUGGAGUCGGAGAGCCAGGCGUCAGCGAAUCACCUGACUCUGCAGCAGCUUGCAGCGGGUCAGCUGUCGAGCGCUGAUCUGACAGAGAAUCAGCUGACGGAGAGCCACCUAACGGAGAGUCAGCUGACGGAGAGCCAGCUGACGGAGAACCAGCUGACGGAGAGUCAGCUGAUGGGCAGCCUUGAGUCGGAGACCCAGGCGUCAGCGGGUCAACUGACGGGAGACGGGCGGCCGGGGGACGGGCCGGCGCCGGCCGCCGAGCCGUUCCGAGUGUUCUGGAACGUGCCGUCAGCCCCGUGUACCCAGUCUUUCGGCGUCGACCUCAAUCCCGGACAGUACGGCUUCACGGUGAACGCCGGCGAGAAGUUCGCUGGGGAGCAGAUCGUUCUGCUCUACUCUCCAGGUUUGUUUCCGAAUAUUCUGAAGAACGGCACGGAAGUGAAUGGCGGCCUGCCGCAGGUGGGGUCGCUGGACGUCCACCUGAAGCGGUUCCAGGAGGACCUGGAACGAUCCGUGCCAGACGUCAACUUCAGCGGCGUGGGGGUGAUCGACUUCGAGGGCUGGACGCCCUGGUUCGCCGCGCUGGCGAGUCCACUCAAGCAGGCGGCGCUACAGCUGGUGCGGCGGCAGCACCCGCAGUGGACGGACACCCGCGUCGCCGAACAGGCUCGGGAGGACUUUGAGUGGUGGGCUCGCCUGUUCCUUCAGCGGACGCUGGAGGCGGCCGAGCGUGCCCGGCCGGCCGCCGCCUGGGGCUACUACCAGUAUCCGCUCUGCGGGAACCUGCACAUCCCCAACGGCACCUGUCCGCAGUCAUGGCGCGACAAAAACGACCGGCUGUCGUGGCUCCUGAGCUCCAGCAGCGCCCUGUACCCGUCCGUGUACCUGUUCCGGAACGGGUUUACGGACGCUGACCGGCGCGCCACGGUGAGGGGCCGCCUGGACGAGGCCCUGCGGCUAGCAGCCGAGGUCCCCGUCUACACGUACACCUGGUUCCGGUACCAGGACGAUCCCAGUUUUCUGUCUGAGGACGACCUGCUGUCCAUGCUGGGCCAGGUGCGCACCCGUGGUCUGCCCGGCGCCGUCAUGUGGGGCUCCUACCUCAACUGCGACUCGGCCGCCCAGUGUCACCGGCUGGACGCCUACCUGCGCGAGCGCCUGGGUCCGCUCGUGCGCCGCCUGGUGGCGCUAACACCGGCCGAGGUGCACACGUGGCGCCGCCUGCUGGCCACCCAACGCGGCCGACGCCUGCUGCGGCAGGCGCUCAAGUGGGAGGGUCCGGAGAGCGGCGACGGGCUCGGGGUAGAGUGGUGAGCAGUGUCGGACCGUGAGGCGGAGAGAGGGCGGGAGGAGGCUAUACGCUCGAGAGGGGCUGGUGAGGGUGGGAGGAGUCCUCUCUCGACAGAGCUCGGGGAUAGCGAUGAACAAUUAUCAUAGAUACUGCGUUGUGACGAGCAGGGCAGAAAAUACGCGUGCUAUAUCUU